CUCCAUAUAUGUAAUAGAAGGUGGGAAAACAUUCCAACUUUUAGAUUGUAUCUGAAAAAAAUGGGUAGUCUAGCAAGUCAUCUUCCUCUAAUUGUUAUGGUAGGUCUGCAAGUUCAUUAUGCAGCACUUGCCAUCUUCACAAGAGCAGCCCUGUUAGAUGGGUUGAGUACAACAGUCUUUGUAGUGUACAGGCAAGGCAUAGCAACCUUGGCUUUGGCCCCUAUGUUUUUCUCUUCUAAGAGGAGACAAUCGGUAAAAAGUUGUUUGGGAUUCAGGAGCGUCUUUUUGAUGUUCGUCACCGCUCUUGUUGGAGUCACAGCAAAUCAGAAUGCGUAUUUCAGAGGUUUAUAUUAUUCAUCUUCUACUGCAGCUACAGCAAUGAGUAAUCUGAUACCUGCUUUAACGUUUGUAAUUGCAGCAAUCGCGGGAUUUGAGAAACUUGAACUACGAAGCUUGAGAAGCAUGGCGAAGAUAUUAGGGACAAUUUGCUGUGUUAGUGGAGCCUUAACCAUGGCCUUGGUCAAAGGACAUAAACUCUUACACACAGAGUUCCUUCCUUCUAUACAUCUCACUGGCAGUAGUGAAGGUGACGAUUGGCUGCUGGGUUGUCUAUUGCUUUUAGCAAGCAGUGUUUUCUGGUCUUGUUGGAUGAUCCUGCAGGUACCAAUCGCUUCGUCCUGCCCAGACCAUUUAUUAUCAACCUUUUGGAUGUGUCUCUUUUCAACAGUACAGUCAGCCUUAUUUGCCCUACUCUCAGAGCCGGAUCUUGAAGCAUGGAUUUUGCAUUCACCUUUACAGAUUUCAUGUUCUUUAUACGCAGGACUCGGAAUAGCGGUUAGUUUCUUUAUUCAAUCCUGGUGCAUCUCAGAAAGAGGUCCUCUAUACUGUGCAAUGUUCAACCCUUUAGCAACAGUAAUCACUGCUUUCAUAAGUGCAACAUUCUUACAAGAAGAAUUAUACAUCGGAAGUUUGAUAGGGGCUGUUGGAGUUAUUGCUGGUUUGUAUAUUGUGCUUUGGGGUAAAGCCAAAGAGUUUGCUGAGAUUAAACCAGCGGCACCACAAUCAAACUUGCAAGAUGAUGAGAUAAGUAGUAGGAUAGAUUUGGAACAACCCCUUCUAUCAGAUAAAUCUGAACAUGUAACAGAGACAGAUAGCAAGGUGUAGUAGCCAGACUAAUCAAUAGAAGUUUUGGUGAAAUUUUGAUCAUUUCAGAAUUCAACAAACGGAAACAUGAACAAGUUGCAGCCUAAACGAACUUGGCCUCAUUUCUUUCACCAAAAUUUCCAACGAUGAUAGUGUGAAAAUAAAUUCGGUUCAUGGCCCUGAUUAAUGGUAAUUAUGUAAAAGUGAUAAUAUGUCUUAGGAGAAAAUAUGAAUUAUUUUUGGUUUAUUUCUUCAGUGCCACCUUCCUUCCGAUUUUGAUAGGCAAAUUAGGGGUGUUUUGUUUUUCAUUUUAUUUUAUUACAAAGUUAUCCUCA